AUGGACCACCCAUCACGGACGUCAUCCCACACCCUCCCGCCAGACUCUCCUUCCGACAUGGACGAUGCAGCGGCGGGACGCCAGUACGCCCCCGUAACGGCCGCGGCCACCAACACACCCUCUCACCCUGCCUCACAACACAACCGCCGACGCUCCUCCGUCACAAGCGCCCUCCACCCCGUCGCGACAAAGGAGCGGGUCGACCCGGUCCUCGACGUCAACCUCCCCUACCGCACCCUCUCCCCUAACGCCAACCUCGACGAGUACCGCAUCGAGACCCGCGCCGGCGAGAUCCCCGCGGCGACCACGACCUCGGCCGCGGCGGGCCCCGACGGUACCCCAGCCGGCAACUACAAGCUCGUCACCUUCCUUCCCAACGAUGCCGAGAACCCCAAAAACUGGAGCAAGGCCUACAAGUGGUACUGCACCAUGGUCGUCGCCCUGACCUGCUUCGUCGUCGCCUUCUGCUCCUCCGUCAUCACCGCCGACAUCGCCGGCGUCGCCGAGGAGUUUAACGUCUCCGAGGAGGCCGCCCUCGUCUCCAUCUCCGUAUUUGUCAUUGGCUUCGGCGUCGGGCCCAUGGCCUUCGCGCCCCUCUCCGAGAUCUACGGCCGCCAGAUCAUCUACGCCUCGACGCUGCUGCUCGCCGUCGUCUUCAUCAUCCCUUGCGCCGUCGCCAAGAACUAUGCUACCCUCAUCGUCUGCCGCACCAUUGACGGCAUUGCCUUCUCGGCGCCCAUGACCCUUGUUGGCGGCACCCUCGCCGACCUUUGGCGCAACGAGGAGCGCGGCGUCCCCAUGGCGGCCUUCUCCGCCGCGCCCUUCAUCGGUCCCGCCAUCGGACCUCUCGUCGGUGGUUUUCUCUCUGACGCAACAAAUUGGCGCUUUCUUUAUUGGAUUCAAUUAAUUCUGGCCUUCAUCGUUUGGGUCCUCAUCUCCUUCACGGUGCCCGAGACCUAUGCGCCCACGAUCCUCGCCCGCCGCGCGAAGAAGAUGCGCAAGGAGACGGGCGACGCGACCCACGUCACCGAGCAGGACAUUGACAUGCGGCCCAUUGGCGAGCGCCUCGGCAUCUUCCUCAUCCGCCCCUUCCAGCUCCUCUUCCGCGAGCUCAUCGUCUUCCUCAUCUCCAUCUACAUGUCCGUCCUCUACGGCCUGCUCUACAUGUUCUUCGUCGCCUUCCCCAUCAUCUACCAGAAGCGCAAGGGCUACUCGGCCUCGUCGACCGGUCUCAUGUUCAUCCCCCUCGCCGUCGGCGUUCUCUGCUCGGCCGCAUGCUCCCCCUGGGUGAACAAGCACUACCUCAAGAUGGUCGCCAAGCACAACGGCCACCCGCCCGCCGAGGCCCGCCUGAUCCCCAUGAUGCUGAGCUGCUGGUUCAUCCCCAUCGGCCUCUUCAUCUUCGCCUGGACCUCCUACCCGCACCUGCACUGGGCCGGCCCCGCCUUGGGUGGCUUCCCCGUCGGCUUCGGCUUCAUCUUCCUCUACAACUCGGCCAACAACUACCUUGUCGACUCGUAUCAGCACCAGGCCGCCUCGGCGCUUGCGGCCAAAACCUGCAUCCGUUCAUUCUGGGGCGCUGGUGUCGUUCUCUUCACGGAGCAGAUGUACGACCGUCUGGGCGACCAGUGGGCCUCGUCCCUGCUCGGCUUCAUCGGACUUGCGUGCUGCGGCAUUCCCUUCCUCUUCUGGGUCUACGGAGCCAGGAUCCGCGCAAGAAGCAAGUACGCUUACUCUUCCGACGAUGAGGAGACGUCGGGUUCCGACAUCGAGAAGGCCAAGCCGUAG